CUUGGCCUGGUUCUCAGACCAUCUCAACUGCACUGUCUAUUGCUACAGAGGUGAAGUAAUUAUGUUGGACUACAGUCAACAUUAAAUAUAUUAUAUUUUACUUUUUCUGAAAAUUUUGGGAACCUGCAGGUCUGGCAGGCGUCGUCGUUCAGCAACUCCCACUUGGCAUGAUGACACGAUCGACCUGAACUUAAACAAGUCCCGGAGUUCUAUAUACAAUGGCUGCGAACUACUGGGCGUCGACCCAGCGCCGACACUGGCUAUUUUCCAGGGAACGUCUGGCGGAGAUCCGAGAGAGCUUCAGGGAGAAGGAUAAAACCGCGCACUCGCAGUUCCCUCUGCCGGACCAAAGGUUGCUUAAUAUAUAUUUCAAUCAACAGCUCAAUAAACUUGGCAAGAGGAUGUCAACAAGACAGCAGGCACUUGCAACAGCCCAGGUUUAUAUAAAGCGAUACUACACGAAAAACGAAAUAAGGACAACGAACCCGUAUCUUGUUCUUACCACAGCCUUCUAUCUGGCCUGCAAGAUGGAGGAAUGCCCGCAACAUAUCAGGUUUGUCGUAGGUGAGGCUCGAGGGCUCUGGCCAGAAUUCAUCGCCCCUGAUAUCUCCAAAAUAGGCGAGUGCGAGUUCUCUCUGAUCUCCGAAAUGCACUCCCAGCUUAUUGUGCAUCAUCCGUACCGAACUUUAUCAGACCUGCAGUCUGAGCUAUCCCUCACGUCAGAUGAGGUCGCGCUCGCAUGGUCAGUAAUCAACGAUCAUUAUCUCACUGACUUGCCGCUAUUAUACCCGCCUCACGUCAUUGCGGUCAUGGCAAUCAUCGUUGCCGUUGUUUUUAAGCCGAGCAGCCAGACAGCCUUCCAUGGUUCUGCGGCUCCAAUCGCAGGGGCAAUGCGAGAAGGUAGCAUGAAUAUUCUCGCCGCUCUUGGGGACAGAGGAGGGGCUGGUCCUCCUCCUCGGAUCCAAAAACUAGUUUCAUGGCUUGCCGAGAGCGAAAUCGAUAUCAAGGCAGUCAUCGAAAGUACGCAAGACUUAAUAUCACUAUACGAAGCCUGGGAGCAAUACAAUGACAAGAACUGUAAAGAGCUCCUGGGGCGGAUGGUCAAGACCAAAAGUUUGGACAAAUGAAACUUUCAGGGACUCUGUUUAUAUACAUACUUCAGCGUUAUCGCAUGAAUUCGCAAGCUUGGUUGGCACUGAGUUGCCUUGCGAUGUUUAGCAUACAUACAUUGAAUGGCCCACAUGCAUAAUGAUAGAAGUUCUUACAUUUUCAUCCCUUGGGUGAGCUAGCCGGGUAUCCGAAGAACUGACUAGCAAUAUAUACAUCCUCGCCUUGGAAAUGAAUUCCGGC